AUGGGAGAAAUCGAAGAACCAGAAUUGGGAUGGAUAGCUGAGGAAUCCCAAGCUGAAACACCUACCGCAGCUGCCUACAUUCCCGACCGGGACCGAUCAAAACCGAAGACGUCGUGGGCUCUGAUGCUCGUCUAUGCGUCGCUCAUCCUUGCCGGGCAGUCCUCCGCUACACUUCUGGGAAGACUUUAUUACAACGACGGUGGAAACACCGCCCUGCUGCAGGCGCUGCUCGAGAAUGUUGGAUCACCGAUGCUUAUCCCGUUCGCGUUGAUUCUGUUGUUGAAGAACCCGUCUGGAGACGACGGGGCGAGGUUGUCGAGCGAUAAUUUGAUGGUGAGAGGUGGUGUUUAUGUUUUUCUCGGCGUUUCUCAAGCUGGAAGUAGCGUGCUGUAUUCGAUUGGCCUCAAGAAUCUCCCGGUUUCAACGUUCGCAUUGAUCAACACGUCGCAGUUGGGAUUCAACGCGUUCUUCGCGGUGCUCCUCAACGCGCAAAAGGUCACCCCUCCGAUACUCAACUCGUUGUUCCUCGUGACGAUCUCGUCGAUCCUCCUCGUGUUCCAUAACAGCUCGAGAAGCAACGCGGACGGCGACGUGAAAAGAAAGCAUUUCGCGACAGGAUUUUCGUGCACGCUGAUCGCAUCCGCUCUGUCGUCGCUCACUAUGUCGAUGACGCAGCUGGCCUUCAACAGAGUGUUUAAAAGACAGAACUUUUACACUGUCUUGAAUUUGAUCGUAUGCCAGGAGCUCGUUGCGACUAGUGUUGUCGCCAUCCUGCUGUUCGUCACUGGCGAAUGGCGCGACUUGAGCAACGAGACGGAGAAUUUCGAGCUCGGGAAAGACGUUUACGUAACCGUGCUGGCGUCGAUCGCAGUUUCUUGGCAGAUGUUCUCCGUCGGAGCUGUGGGAUUGAUCGUCGAAGUCUCUUCGUUGUUCUCCAACGUCAUUAGUACCGUUGGCUUGCCCGUCGUCCCGAUUCUCGCCGCAGUCUUCUUCCACGAGAGCUUGGAUGCGAUCAAGGUGAUUUCAAUGGUGCUUGCAGUUUGGGGAUUUGGUUCAUACGUUUAUCACCAUUAUCUGAAUGAAUGUAAGAUCGAAAUUGCCGGCGAAAGCCGCGUCGUUGUCGAAAAAUCUUGUAUGGCUAAGAGCUUCAUCAGCCAAGGGUCUCAAUACAAUUAG